CCGGGGCGGGGGCGCCCCUCAUGCCGGGCCGCUCAGCGCGGUCGCCCACACCCCUGGCCGGGGGCCCCUUCUGCGCCAACCCGGGCCCGCAGAGGCCCAGAGGGAUCUCCCUGGCCCGAUACCUGCGUCCGGUGGACCCGAAGAAACCCCACCGGCCCCCUCCUCUCCGAGACCCGGAGACGCAGCCCUGAGGGUCCCCCACUCCCGACCCCCCGACUCCCUGGAGACCCAGAUAACGUACUGCUGACCUAACCGGGGACCCGGGACUGGGGGACGCAGAUAAGCUGCACCUGCUCCCUCUCCUCGGACACGCCUACCCGGGCCCACACAACCCCCUUUCCUGCUCCACGUAGUCCGCUCUCGACCCUCUGUUUCGUCUUCCAGAACCACAUAACCCCUUUUGAAGCUUCCCUCAGAUACCUGGUUCUGGGGAACCCAAAUAAACUCCUAGAGUUCCCUCCUCACUGACCAUACUCCCCGGGAACCGUAGACGUCUUGUCUCCCAAUACCCAUUUUGAGACUUUUGAAAUUCAGGGCAUUCACUUCUAUCCUCAACCCCUGGAGCCCUCCGGUCCUUAUCGUCCCCCUAUGUCUUUCUUUCGGGGUGGGGGUGGGGGGCUCCUUAGAGACACGGAUAACUUGCUCAUGAUUCCUUACUCUCCUUGCCCUUCCUUCCCAUCCCAAAGACCUCCUCCCGGAAUUACUGUCCCUUCUCCGGCAGCCGGCCGCUCCCAUCUCUCCCGACCCCUGGGGAGUUUAACCUUUCCCAUCGCACAGCGGGGGUGCUCCAGAAGCUGCCCGAGGAGCCAGGCAGUCCUGUCCCACACGAUGGCCCCAGCUUGGUGGGGGAAAGGGACCUGUAAGGUGGGGGAUGAGGGACAGCUGGUGCGGGGAGUUUUGGUGCUUUCACCGGCGAGUGUAGCCUGUCUCCCGGCUUGUGUGUUUUUCCACCUGUCAUCUUGGGACGGUGAUACAGUCUGGCCUUGGGUUUCUAACCCUCCCUCCCCCCCCCAAGGUGAGGCCACCAGAUUGGGGCGGGGAUCUAAUCAGGUUUCCUCUUCAUGAAAAUGGGGCUGGAGUGAGUUGCAGCCAUUUGCUCAAGGCCUCGGGAGUGGGAGGCAGUGGGAAUCAGAGGAAAUAGUGAAUCAAAGGGACUCCAGAGAGGGCCCAUCUACACUGGCAGGAGAGCCAGCAGCCUGAGCGUAAAUCCAACCCCUGUAAAUCCUGUUGGAGGUCUCCUGGAAUGAUGCGAGGCGCUGAGACUCUCCAGCCUCCUGUAACUUAAUUCUCCUACUCCUCUGAGUGUGAGCGCGCGGGAGGGGCAGCUGUGCCCAUUCCCCCCUCUCCUUCUCACUGUUUUCCGGCCACUCGGUGUGUCUUUGGGAUUUGUUUCUGGUGCCCAGGUCAGGACCUGGGUUUUUUUUUUUUCCCUAAGUCUAUUUAUAAUUUCUCGGUUGCUAUUUUGGGUUCUGCUUAAGGGAAGAUUCUGUCCACCCCUAGGAACGUCCCCGGGUGUGUUUCCUCCUCAGCAGGUGUUGAAUUGAGUUCUUCAGAUCCCCAAGUAGCUCUUGGGCAGGAGGGAUAAAAGCUAUUUUAGGGUAGGCACUGAAGUGGAGCUGUUAAUCCUCUGCGGGUCUCUAGUUAAGAACACUUGGAGAUUAACCCUCUCCUUGCUGCAGGGGGCUGCUUCUCAACAGGUUUUGGGGAGGGUUGGGAGGAUGCAAGUGGCAGCAGAGUUGGGGACGGGCAGCUCAGCACCAAGACAGGAUGAUAGCUGCCUUUGUUGGGUGCUUCGAGCAAGCCUAGCCCCAUGCCGAACCCUUUCGUACCUGACUGAAAUAAUCUUUACAACAAGCCUGUGAGGUAAGUAUUUUUAGCUUUACUGAUGAGGAAACAGGCUAAUAAUGGAGAAAGAACGCAGUUUCUAUAGAGAUGAUGUAACACCAUAAAAACUAUAGUUUCCUCAGAGGCAGCAGGCAUCAUGGCACACAACAGGGGACAGACGGACUGGGGCGCUGUCCAUCUCCUCUCGGCUUCCAGAGAGGCCGCACAGAGUUCUUAACGAGCGUUUGUGUUUGGGAGAUGGAGCCUUGAUACCGGAAGAGAUUCCUGAAGUGGGGGACUGUGGCCCAGGGUCUGCUGCUGGAGGCAGGUGAAGAGAUUGUUUUCUGAAGGCUGCGGUGGAGGCUGUGACAGAGCAGAGAGCCCGUGUGGAGCUGAUGGGGAGGCUUUCUGAAUAACAUGGCCCUUCGCCAUUAGCCUUGCCAUGACCACAUUUUUCACCAGCGUCCCCCCCUGGAUUCAAGAUGCAAAGCAGGAGGAGGAAGUGGGCUGGAAACUAGUUCCCAGGCCUCGGGGCCGGGAGGCGGAGAGUCAAGUGAAGUGCCAAUGUGAAAUCUCGGGGACACCCUUCUCAAAUGGGGAGAAACUGAGACCUCACAGCCUCCCCCAUCCAGAGCAGAGACCGUAUAGCUGCCCUCAGCUGCACUGUGGCAAGGCUUUUGCCUCCAAGUACAAGCUGUAUAGGCACAUGGCCACCCACUCAGCCCAGAAACCCCACCAGUGCAUGUACUGUGAUAAGAUGUUUCACCGUAAAGACCAUCUGCGGAACCACCUGCAGACCCACGACCCAAACAAAGAGGCCCUCCACUGUUCUGAGUGCGGUAAGAAUUACAAUACAAAGCUGGGCUACCGGCGCCACCUGGCCAUGCAUGCUGCCAGCAGCGGUGACCUCAGUUGCAAGGUGUGUCUGCAGACCUUUGAGAGUACCCAGGCCCUGCUAGAGCACCUGAAGGCCCAUUCACGCCGGGUAGCAGGCGGUGCCAAGGAGAAGAAGCACCCCUGUGACCAUUGUGAGCGGCGGUUCUACACUCGUAAGGAUGUGCGGCGGCACUUGGUGGUGCACACAGGCCGAAAGGACUUCCUGUGCCAGUACUGUGCCCAGCGAUUUGGCCGCAAGGACCACCUGACGCGUCAUGUCAAGAAGAGCCACUCGCAGGAGCUGCUCAAGAUCAAGACAGAGCCAGUGGACAUGUUAGGCCUACUCAGCUGCAGCUCCACAGUCAGCGUGAAGGAAGAGCUAAGCCCUGUGCUGUGCAUGGCCUCUCGGGACAUGAUGGGGGCCAAGGCCUUCCCUGGUAUGUUGCCCAUGGGCAUGUAUGGUGCCCACAUCCCUACCGUGCCCAGCGCUGGCGUGCCACACUCCCUGGUGCACAACACACUGCCCAUGGGUAUGAGCUACCCUCUGGAAUCCUCACCUAUCUCUUCCCCAGCUCAGCUUCCUCCAAAAUAUCAGCUUGGAUCUACCUCAUACUUGCCUGACAAAUUGCCCAAAGUGGAGGUGGAUAGUUUUCUGGCGGAGCUUCCUGGAAGCUUGUCUCUCUCAUCCGCUGAACCCCAGCCCGCCUCACCUCAGCCGGCGGCAGCUGCGGCCCUCCUAGAUGAAGCACUGCUCACCAAGAGCCCCGCCAACCUCUCUGAGGCCCUCUGCGCUGCUAAUGUGGACUUCUCCCACUUACUGGGCUUUCUUCCACUCAACCUGCCCCCGUGUAACCCGCCUGGGGCCACAGGAGGCCUGGUCAUGGGCUACUCCCAGGCCGAGGCACAGCCCUUGCUCACCACUUUGCAAGCUCAACCUCAAGAUUCCUCGGGAGCUGGGGGACCACUGAACUUCGGGCCUCUGCACUCCUUGCCUCCUGUCUUCACGUCCGGCUUGAGCACCACCACCCUGCCUCGUUUCCACCAGGCAUUCCAGUAGCCCCCAGGGAGGCCCUCACCUCAGUCUUGGGCUCUGUCAGGGAGCCUCAGUACCUACCCCAUCUGCAUCCCCCAUGAAGGCAGCUGAGCUUUCAGAGCUGGGUUCAAAAAGAAAAAAUUCCAGUAUCUGUAUGGAGCACUUGGUUUGGGGGCUCAGGCUCCAGGAGGAGCCUUGAGCCCCAACCCCAUGAAAAGAUCUCAUACCAUAGGACUUCAGGUAUUUUUACUUUUAUUUUUUUUUUAUCUGAAUCGGGAGCCACACUUAGCCCUCUCCCUCUCCCAAACGUCAGAACCUCCUUCUCUUUGGAGAAGGGGGAGGUCUCUUGGAGACAUGGAGGGUUUCACUUUGGAUGACCGAGAGAGAGAGAGAGAGAGAGAGAGAGAGAGAGCCCAAGAAGCCCGCCUUCUGGUCCCAACCUGCAGACCCCACAGCAGUUGGUCAGACCUCUGCAGAGGAUCACUUGGCUCCAUCACCUGCUUCCAACCAACAGGCAGGAAAGAGCCUCUGUUCUUCCCCCCCAUCCCUCCUGUACCACCACCUCCAUUUUCAGUCAGUGUUGUCCAGCAACGGUACCGUUUACACAGUCGCCUCAGACCACCAUUUCAUCUCCCUUGCCAAGCUGUUAGCCUUAGAAUGAUUGCAGUGAACAUUGUUUACACACCGUGAAUCCAUUCCCACAAGUCCAUUCCAGUUGGCACCAGCCGGAACCAUUUGGUACCUGGUGUUAACUGGAGCCCUGUUUACAAGGCGGAGUCGGGUCUCGCUGACUUCUCUUCACUUGAGGUCACAUUUUUCCCCUGUGGGGAAAUAAACUGACUUUGGACUGCUUCAGUCUCUGCCAUCUUCCAUGACUGUGUCUGUUCUGCCUUCCUCAGCAGUGUCCACAGGAGGCAGGCAAGAAGACUGGAGCAGUUUUCUCACAGGUCUGCGAUUCUGUUUUUCCCCAAGUACAUCAUGACCCCCCUCAUCCUCCUUUUGAACAGGAGAGGGGAAGAAAUGAAAGGCAUGCCCACCUCUGUCACCUCCCCAUUCCCUAAUGCCUACCCUGAACAUCAUGAGCUGUUAUCAUUAGUCUUGGAAGGAGGGACUUGGGUUCUAGGCUGGUGUGGAUAGCAAAGGAGAGGGUGUGAACCCCUCAUUUGUCUCUCUCCUACCUGUCCCUUUUCCAGGAAGUUGUGGAAUUGUUGGAAGACGAGUUUUCAGAAAGUUAGGACUGGCCAGAUAGUUGAGUCCUAGUCUAUGGGUGCAUCAUUGCCUCCCAUACCAAACUUUUUUUUUAUCCACAGUGUCCCUCCUCUCCAUUUUGCAGUCACCAUGGACUCAGGGACACUGUGCAUGGGCUUCUCUGCCCUCCAUCAAAAAACUUCCACCUUCCUCUUGUGGGCCCCCUCAGUUUUGCCCCCAGUUCUCAGCAAGGUUUCUUGCAACAAAUGAUUAGUUCUUCUCUUCUGACUUGUGGGGCUCCCUGCCACAGAUAGCACCAGGCCUUGCCCAGCUGAACUCCAUCUCUGUUUCAUCUCAGUUCUACAUAGGCUUCGCUCUUCCCGCUCGUGGAAGGGAGGCAGCUCAGGGACCACUAAUGUGGGACCCUCUUGAGACACUUCCACUCUGAUUCAGAAACACACUUCUACCUCUUUACUGUUAACUCCUACAGAUACAGCCAGCAGUUUCUGGGCACUUCUCUCAGUGGGUGCAUCAUGCUGGCUUCUCCACUAGGGUUUCAGGACAAACUACCGCGGAACUGCCUCAGCCUCCUCCCAGUCCUUCCUCUCUCCCCCUUCUGUCUAGAAAUCACUUUGAUUUAUCAUCAGGAAUUGAGCAGGUCCAAGACUCAGGCUUCUGCUUCAGCCCAGGCCACUACUCUUUGUUUGAGGUGAAAGCCUUAAAAUGUACCUCCCUGGCCCUUGAUUGGAAAUAAUGUGGAGUAGAUAAGCAUGUUUUGAUUUAGGCAGGAUAGCUUAGGAUACCUUUUAAAAGACAAAACAAAACCAGAUAUAAAAAUGUCUGGCAAGGUUAGAAUCAGACUAGGUGAUUUGCUUCUAAAAAUUAGUUUCAGUGAGUCCCAGGGACUAAUUAAGGUUUAUUUUUAAGAGCGUCCACCUUGGUACGCACCCACCUCCUGCAUGCUGUGCAUGUUUUUGGGACUCGUAUUGUAGGAAAUGGUAUGUGAGGAUCCAAGCAGGACUCAGUGCUACCAUUCUCCUGGUCUCUGGUCUUCAUCACUAGACCCAGCAACCCUUCGCCACUCCCUGCCACCUUCCCGGCACCCUUCGUUUACAGAGGCAAAUGGGCCUCUGGCCACAGAAUAUAAAGUCUGGGCUGUUAGAGGAGUCCCCUCCUCUCUGCUCCUUCCUUGGAUGAUCUCCCCAUUAGUGAUGUUGGGAAACUCAUAGGAAAGGCAAAGCAACUAUUUAAAACCUUGUAACUGGGGUCUUGCCCCUCCUUCCCUCCCCUUCUUCCUUUCAUCCCGCCCCUUCUUUCCUCUUCCUUCAAUGCCCUCACCACCCGUAAAGAACUUCCUUAUCACUGUGAACUUUGCUGGCACAGGGGAACAUCUGCCUUCACCUUUUUUUGGACCAUAGCUACCCAGCUGUUUCUUAAACCUCUCUUCCCAAAAUUAAAAAAAAAAAAAAAAAAAGCGCCUUAUUGGCCUGGUUGUUCAAAGGAUAAGAAUAGCUUUAUCCUAUACUCAGUACCAAACCCACUUCAAUACCCUUACUGAGGCCAUGAGAGCCUGAGGGGCGUCUGCCCAGGAAAGGAGCCAUGGCAUGUGGCAGAGACCAAACAGGGACCAGGAAAAAGGGGUGAUGUCCCCUUUCCCCACCACCACCUCCAAGCUCUGUCAGCGCUGAGCUACCCUGAGCAGAGGCCAGGCACCUCACGCCUUGCACAGUAGCUGGUCUGGGUUGAAUGCAGUCCUGGGGGCCAGAGCACGACAUACCCGGCUGUGUCAGCUCAAAGGAUCUGUGCACAUCUUCAAGAGGUGAGGUAGGGAGAGGAGCACCAAUGAGUUUUUCCCCCCCAACCUUUUACAAAUGGCAUUUUGUUAAUGGAAAUCCGGGAAGCAGGUGUGAUUACUUUUUUGCUCGUAGAUAUUGUCCUAAGUUGAAAUUCUCCCACUGCCCUAAACUUUCCCUAGUAGCCUUUUAAAUCCCCACCCCCCCCCCUUCUUUUUGGUAGCUGUUUUCUCCACCCCCUUUCCACCUCCCCUCUUAUCUAGGAGCUGUUUUUAAGCACGAUUUUUUUUUAACAGUUUAUAUUGUACAGGAUCAAUAUUUUGCUUUUUAACAAGGAUAUUUAUGUAAUAAGAAACUUUGCCUUAGGCAGGUGUUGGCCAGAAAAGUCCAGAUUCCUCUGGGACCCCACCCUGGCCUCUCCUGGAGCUCUGAACCUGCUGUGGAAGGAAUUGGCUGUGACCUUCACCACUGGAGAGUAGGGUGGAAAAGGGGUGUUCUGAUGUUGACGGGAGAAGGAUUCACCAUGAUGCUCUAGUGCCUCUGUGGAGGGAUUUGGAAGAAGUACUCCAGUCCAGUUUCUUCGGAUGUAAGCUGACUUCCUUAGCCGAUUCUCCCCAUAUGCACCUCUCCACCUCAAUGUUCGGCACUAGAACUCUUGAAACACCACUUCUCAUAUGCCUCCCUCCCUCCCAGUGGUCAAGGCUUUGGAGCCACCCUUUCGUAACGCCAGAUUAUUUAAAGAGAGAAAAAUACAAGACAAAAACCUUCUAGCACUUUGUAAACACAGUGAAUAACCUCUUGGAGUAUUUUUGGCUUUAUAUAAAACAAGGUUUUUAAUUGUAAAAUAUAAGUGCCAUUAGAAAAUGCACAGGGCAUAUCUUUGUUAAAGUAGAUUUUUCAAUGUUUUACAGAAUUACAUUUUCAAAAAAAGUUUUUAUAAUGAAGUUGUUUAUUAAAAACUUCUGAAUGAUGUG